AUGGCAACGGACGAGAUCUAUGACUUUAUCAUUGUUGGUGGUCCAGCUGGCAGCGCUCUGGCGUAUGGCCUGUCUCAAUGCCCGAAGCCGCCCAAAGUUCUCAUCCUUGAGGCAGGUGGUGACAAUGAAGACAAGAACCUUCGUGUCGAUGGUCAGCGCUGGUUGACGUUCACGAAAGAGGGGAUGAACUGGGGAUAUAAAACCACCCCUCAAGAAUUUUGCAAUAACCGUGAGAUUGACUACUCUCGUGGCAAAGGCCUUGGCGGAUCAACCGCCAUCAACUUUGGUGUCUUUACCGUGGGUGCCAAAGACGACUACGACACUUGGGCCGAGAUGACCGGAGAUGAUGACUUUGCAUGGGACAAGAUCAACGACCGGUUCAAGAGGAUUGUGACAGUGCACCCGGAAGUUCCUCCGGGGACAGAUAAGAAGUAUGCCUCGCUCACACAAAACGGCAGCAAUGGUCCGGUCCACGUAGGGUAUGCCGCUGAGUUCGAAGAGGACCUCCUCCCGCUUCUUGAGCAGUUCGAGCAAGGCGGCUUCCCCCUGAACACAGACCACAAUUCUGGCAACCCUCUGGGCAUGUCGGUUCUCAUCAGCUCAGCCUAUCGCGGCCUCAGAUCAACAAGCAAAGACCUUCUUGCCAACCUCCCCCCGAGUUUCACCGUCUUGACCAACUCCCCCGUGCAGAGGAUCAUUUUCGACUCCAACAAGAAAGCCACCGGCGUCGAGUCCAACUCUCGGGUCUUUCACGCCAAGAACGAAGUCCUUCUCUCCGCUGGCGCCCUGGACUCGCCUCGGGUUUUAAUGCACUCCGGCGUCGGCCCGGCAGAUCAGCUCUCCCAGUUCAAUAUCCCGAUCAUUGCUGACAUUCCCUCGGUCGGCCAGAAUCUCCGCGACCACUGCUUCGUCCCGCUUGUAUACAAACGCUCACCCAACUCCAUCACGCCUCUCUCCUCCCGUUCAGCCUUUUGGUCUGAUCAGACACAAAUGGAUGUGGCUCUUGAGCAGUGGAAGACCAACCCUGGUGCUACACCCGUCAACCCCUGGGGCAAAUACGCCUGUGAACUCGGCAUUGGCUUCUUCAAGCUUGACUCUAUAACCAGCUCAAAGGAGUUCCUGUCCCUGCCAGAAGAGGAGAAGAAAUACUUGAACAAAGAGACCAUUCCGCAUUACGAAGUCAUCACGCACUUCCCCAUGCAUUGGUUUCUCCCAGGCUUUCCCGCAAACCGAGGAACCAACACUCUUAUCGAUUACACCUGCUUCUUGGUCUUCCUCUACAACGCCCAGACUUUGGGGACUGUCAGACUCCAAUCAUCUGAUCCGGCGGUGCCAUUGUUGUUUGACCCCAGGUUCUUGGCUCAUGAGUUUGACCGGAAGGCUGCCGUGGAGUCAUUGAGGGAGAUAGUCAAGUUUACUGAGAGUGAAAAUUUCAAGCAGGGGGUGGAUGUGGAUGGGAUUAUUGCUGGUCCGAAGGGGAAGGACGCCGGUGAUGAGGAACUGCUGGAGUAUUGGAAGGAAAAUAUCUCUAGUAGUUGGCACAUGACGGGGACGUGUAAAAUGGGGGAGGUGGUGGAUGCUGACUUUAAGGUGAAGGGGGUGGAGGGGGUGAGGGUGGUGGAUAUGAGUGCUGUGCCUGUGUUGGUCAGUGGGCAUACACAGGCUGUUGCUUAUGUUACGGGAUAUACGGCCGCGGAGAAGAUUUUGAGAGAGUAUGGACUUUAA